AUGCGGCAAGAGCAGCCCACAGCUGUUCUAGGCCGGCAGAUAGAGGUGUCCUCAAGAGCGGGUGCCGAGGAUGGCGCCGAGGGUGUCAUUAUGCUGGGCGAGUGCUCAGUGCCCCGGGUCCACAUUGCCAACCCUUCAAUCCCCAGUAGUAACGGAGGUCCCAAAGUACGGCACGUGGGUGGGAGCGUGUCACACCCACCCACAGCCACAUUCGCCGGCGCUCCCGCAGGGGCCUGGCUCAUCUCGGUGCGCCCGGGGGAGUCAGGCCUCCACGGGCCACGUCGCCGCCACCUGCUGCUGUAUUCCUCACAGCGAGGCGGAGGCGGAGGCGGAGGGAGGGAGGAGCUGCGGCCCGCGGACGCCCGGCCUUCCUCUCGCCGGCCCCCACCGGAGCUCCCCUCCCUGCCCCGUCCGCCCCUCCCUCCGGCUGCCGCAGCCCGGCUCGUAACACGGCUGGCUCCGCAGACCCGCGCGAGGGAAGCCCGCGCGCAGCGCCAGCAGCCGCGCCGCGGGGUCGUGGAGGGGAGGAGGGGGGGUUGCACGGACCCUCCCCCAUCGGGGCCCGCAGACACCCCGCUCGGCUCGCGGUCCCCCUUCCCAGGAUGCCUUAAGGGCGCCGACCCACCGCCCCUCCCCGGUGGGGGACCCCGACGCCGCCGGCCCCCUUCCUUCCUCCAGCCCAGCGGGUGCGCAUCAGUGCGCGCGGCCAGGUGGGCGAUCCGCCGCGGUGGCCGCUGGUCCUCCUGCCCAGCCCCGGCGCGGGGCAUGACGAGUCCCCGGGGGUUCUCCUGGAGACGACCCGGCUGCGCGCACACCUCGCCGGCGGCUGACGGGGACAUGAGCGGCGCGCUCGGGGUCCAGCGUCCGGCGGCCAGCCCCAACCGGCGGCCACCAGCGAGUCCUCGCUGCCCGGGAGAAUGAGGCAGGAGCCGGCGGCACCCUCCUGUUUCUCUUCCUCUUCCUCUUCGCCUUCCUCUGGCCCUGCGCGCCCCCCACCUGCCUCCGGAUGCUCUUCUCGUUUGAAAAUCCGUAGAGCCGAUUUUCAUCCAUCCCCCGGGACAUGCCUCAGCUUCCGGGCUCACUGUCACCGCUGAAGUGACUUCGAAGCAACUCCC